AUGGAUUCUGACGAGGAAGCACUGCUUUUGCUGCUUCUGCUCAAGCGGAGACGACGGCGGCGACGUCAAAAGAGAAAAUUUUGGGUUCAUCCAAUUUUGGAAUUAAGAGAACAACAUGGACAAUUCCAUCAUUUGUUUAUGGAACUUAGAAGUGAUGAAGAAAAAUUUUUCAACUAUUAUAAGAUGUCAGUGUCUUCGUUUGAUGAAAUGAAUAAUAUACUAAGGUCUAAAAUUAAACGCGAAGACACAAUCAUGAAGAGAAGUAUCCAAGCAGAAGAAAGACUAGCAGUAACAUUGAGGUAUUUGGCAACUGGAUGUACAUUUAUGGAUUUGCAAUAUAGUUUUAGAAUAGCAUCAACAACAAUUGGUAAGAUAGUGAGGGAUGUUUGCAGAAAUAUAUGGAUACAUAUGAAGGAUAUGUGUAUGGAACAACUAACUGAAGAUAAAUGGAAAGACAUAAUAAAUGAUUUCAAAAAUACUUCUAAGUUUCCGAACUGCCUUGGCACCGUUGACGGCAAACAUAUUAGAAUAAUACAACCCGCGCAAAGUGGAUCGUCAUAUUAUAACUAUAAAAAUUAUUUUUCGAUAAUACUUCUAGCAGUAUGUGAUAGUAAUUAUAUGUUCACUUUCGUGGAUAUAGGCUCGUAUGGUAGGCACGCUGACUCGACUAUUUUCAGAAUGAAGAGAGUUGUCUAUAUAAAUUGUUACAAGAAAAAAAGUUAA